AUAAAUUAGCAGAACAAUUUAUUCAGUAGUACAUUAACCAUGCAAUCAAUGCUGGAAAUUCGCCAGUAUGGCCACACAUGCGGGUAACUGACCAAAUCAUGACUCUAUAGUUCUGGACAAGGACAACGAAAAAAAUACAUUGGGUUUUUAUUGCAACCGGCGUGCUAAAAUAUAAUAAACUUAAUUAAUGAAUCGUACUUAAUACAAAAGAAAUACUCCACAUCAUAAUUUUGAGUGUGAAGCAGGUUAUAAUUAUGACUGAGGAAUUGUGUCACUGCCUAUUACAGGUUUGCUGUUUUGCUAACUGAAUGAACUAAUAUUACUGGUGUUGCUCAGGAGACUUGACUCAUGGGAGCAUACGUGUUGCAUCAAGCGACACACAGCUUUCAAACAAGCCCAAGUAACCCCAAGGGAGUCAAUAAAGGAUCCCCGUCUGUUCCUCCACAAUACCAUACCACUCUCCCUGUGGACAAUUAACUUCACAUAAACCACUGUGCACAGCACACACAUUAUUACACACACACACACACGUAUAUACAGACAACCGCACGUAGAAAGUCAUUAUGCAUGGACCUCUUGAUCGAAUACCUUGUCCUGCAUGCAUUUCUGAGAAUGAAAGAACUUUGACAUAAUGAUCUACAGCGCAAGGUAUUCUGGGAGCAUGGGCUACAAGGUUUGGGCCUAAUUUUAACAAGUGUCCCUGAAGACCUCUAUAAAAGCUUUGGAAAAAAGAACAUAGGUGAGAGUACAAAUACAAGGAGCUUGGCAGAAGUGUCUCAAACGGAUAUACUCAUGCUGAGAAGCAAGACUGUCUAAACAACUUGUUUCAGAAGGAUAUGAAAUUAUACAGAUUUCUUUGAGGCUCGGUUACCAGAAAGUUUAGGUCGGUCACCACAGGAGUGGUAAUGAAUCGCUGGCGGCAGUCGGUAGUGGAAAUCCAAACCAGAAAGAGGCAGGUGAAUGAAUGCGAGCGGGCACAGGCCGCCCUGAGCAAAGUGACAGCCUGCUUCCAGCAAAUGGCCACCUCCUUGGGGAGCAACAUGGAUGGGAGCUUCCUUAGAGAGGAGCUGGAGGAAACCAGGACAGUGGCUCAUAAAAUAUGCUCUGGGCUUCACCGGAGGCUGCUAAGUCUGCUGAUAGAAAUGGAGCAAGGACAAGAGGACAAAGAACAGGUUGAACGACUUUGGGUGAUCUUCUUGUCCAGCUUAGAAAACUUCCAGCAGGACCUUAAGAAGGUCAAAGUCUUGCAAGAGAUAUUCCCCCUAACCCAGCGCAGAGAUCGACAAGCCCUCGUCAACGCUGGUUAUGCGGGUGGAACUUCGGAAGUAGCCGCUCGGGCAGCCAUGGUGCAAACGCCAUGGUUAUCCGUAGAGGAGACUGCAAGCCCAGACCUGAAGAACCACAUUGGGGAGAUUGACGUUCUGCUUGAAGAAAUGCUUCAGAGAGUUAAUGUUCCACUGUGGUCUGUUGAACCCACACAAGAAGCCUGGGUAGAAGGAGUUUCUACUCAAGAUGGUGGGCAAGACGAGGAUGAAAGCUUGGAGGACAUCAUGGAAGUGGAGGUGGUGUCUCAAAAUAAUACAUCGGGCUGUUGCAAUCACCACAACUGCAAAGUAGGCUGUCUGCUUUGUCUUCUUAGCUAGGUUCUGGAACUGGAGCAUUUUUCCAACUUUUUACAAGAACAUCGUUACAAGAAGUUGUUGACAAUUAUACUGUGUAAACCUUUCAAUUCAAUGCAGAUCAUUUUUCAGACUAUAUCUUACCGGGUCAGUAAUGCACUACAUUGCAUUAUAAAUAUUAAAAAUAAAACAAAUGCAAGUGUUUAACA